AUGACGGUUCUGACAUAUCUACUUCCCACAAGCUGGUGGGGUUUUAUCCCUGUUGUUGUCGGGGUAUUUGUCUUGACUCGGGCGGUAUGGGAUGCCUUGCUCUCUCCACUCAGCGCAUUUCCCGGUCCUUUGGCGGCCAAAGUGACCGAUUUUUGGCGGGCUGCACAGGCAUAUGGGGGCUAUAUCGAUCGGAAAUACAAUGUGCUACAUCGGAAACAUGGCUCUGUGGUGCGGAUCGGUCCCAAUGCAUUAAGCAUCGGGGAUCCAAAUCUGAUCCGAGUCAUCUACUCCACCCGCAACCCUUGGAAGAAGAGUGAUAUGUACAAACCCAACGAUGUGCUCAUCAAUGGUCAUCGCAUGUCCAACUUGUUCAACACGCAGGACGAACACUGGCACAAUCAGAACAUCCUUCCUAUCCGACCCCUCUGGGGCAUGGGCAAAGUCCUGGAAUACGAGUCACUCAUCGACGAGACGUUAAAUCUUUUUACGGGGAAGCUACGGGCUAGGUUUACCGGUUCAAAUGGCAGGACUAUCUGCCCGAUCGACGAAUGGCUGGGAUAUUUCGCCUGGGACGUCACCGCAAACAUCAGCUUCGGCCGACACUACGGCUUCAUCGAGCAGGAGAAAGACGUGGACAAUUUGAUCACCGACUCGACCAAGGGGCUGAUCUACUUUGCACCAGUCUCGCAAAUCCCCUGGGUCGACCGCCUGCUCGACAAAAACCCCAUUGUGCGCAUUGGGCCGAAACCGACCCUCACCGGUGUCCUCUACACCUUCGGGGUCGUGACCGAGUACCAGACCCAGUUAAAAGAGAAGAAGUCGCGGCUCAAUGCCGUCGCCCACACGCUGGACAAGUAUGUCCAGCUCAAGGACUCCUACCCGGACAUCGUGGACGACAACCAAAUCGUCAACUGGCUGAUGCUCAGUAUCCUGGCCGGCGGCGACACCACCUCCGCCACGAUGCGCGCCGUCGUCUACUUCCUCAUGAAGACCCCCGCCGCCAACCGCAAACUCGCUGCGGAGUUGGACGCCGCCAAGCUUGACAUCCCUGCGCAGUGGCGGGAUAUCCGCGAGCUGCCAUACCUCGACGCCGUCAUUCGCGAGAGCAUGCGGCUCAACCCAGGUAUCGCGAUGAACUUCGAGCGCAUCGUGCCCGCCGAAGGGUUCACGCUGCCCGAUGGACGAUUUAUCCCCGGCGGCACCACGGUGGGUAUCAAUCCGGCGGUGACAAACCGGGAUCCGGGGGUGUUCGGCGGCGAUGUCGAUGUCUUCCGUCCAGAGCGGUGGCUACGGGGCGCCGGGGAGGAUCAGGCUCAGUUUCAGGCGCGACACCGCCGCAUGAAGGAUACAUGUGACUUUGUGUUUGGCGGUGGGGGGAGGAUCUGCAUGGGACGGUACCUGGCGAUGCUGGAGAUCUACAAAUUGAUUGCGACGCUGUACAGCCAGUUCGAGAUUCAACUGGUGGAUCCGAACCAUGAAUGGAAGUACCGCAAUGCCUGGUUUGUGUAUCAGAGCGACAUGCCUGUUAUUAUUCGUCCUCGCCAGAGAGAUUAA